CAUGAUACACCGCAGCCGGAAGUUAAGGAUGCGAGUCCACGCUGUGUUGUUUGAAAAUCAUGUGUGAGCAGCAAAAAGGAUGCUGAUCGUGUGUCCAGAUGUUGGAAAUCAGCUUUAUUUGAUGUAGCGACUGGGCAGAAGUGAAGCUCACGUGUUCAGGCAGAUUUAUAGACUUCAUUAAGACACUGCCUUGCUGUGGUGAUGUUCCCAACUCCUCUGUAUGCUCCGGCCGGCCGCGGCUGCUUCUCUGAGGUAUAUGAACCGGCCGAGGACUCGUUUCUCCUGAUGGAUGCUCUGGAGAAAGACGCAGAUCGGCUGAGGGACAGCAGGCCAUGUGUGUGUCUAGAGGUCGGCAGCGGCUCUGGUGUGGUCUCAGCCUUCCUCGCGUCUAUAAUCGGCGCUCAGGCCUUAUAUAUCUGUACAGAUGUGAAUGCGGAUGCAGCUCAGUGUUCGCUACAGACGUCUGUCCUCAAUAACCUGCAGCUGCAGCCUGUCGUCACUGACCUGGUCGAGUGUCUUCUGCCCAGGUUGAAUGGAAAAGUGGAUGUGCUUGUUUUUAAUCCGCCGUAUGUGGUCACGCCAUCAGGCGAGGUGGGCAGUCGUGGUGUGGAGGCGUCGUGGGCCGGUGGUCUCCACGGUCGAGAAGUGAUGAACCGUUUUUUCCCCCUGAUUCCUGAUCUGCUGUCUGAACACGGGCUGUUUUACCUGGUCACCGUGUCUGAUAAUGAUCCCGAGGGGAUCGUGGAUCUGCUGGCUCAUUCGGGUCUGGAUGGACACGUGUGUUUGACUCGUCAGGCCGGACGAGAGACGCUGACCAUCCUCAGGUUCAGUAGAUCAGUGGAAAAACACAGAUUCAGUCCAAAUGAAUGAACAUAUUUCAGUCUCUAACAUCUGAAGAUUAUGAAAACAGCUGGAAGAGUCUGAGACGCUCCUCAAACUGUGACACACCUCAUCUUCUGUGUGUUUUCUUCAUGAACACACUCUUGGACUGUGUGUUUGAGCAUCUAUUGACUCGCGCUGAACUCAAUUACCCACAAUCCCACAUUGAUCCCUCAUAGGAUUAAAUGGGAGCUUUGUUUUUAAAGGGGCAGUGCUGUAUGUAAACUCAUCCCAGUUUUUUCCUCAAACAUUCUUCAGAAUAUCUUCAACAAGAAAAUAAAUCGUAAAGUUUAUAA